UCAUACUGCUUCUUCUUCUUCUUCUGCUUUUUAUUACUACUACUAAAUAAUAAAACUCCAAUUUCCUUUAUCCUUUUUCCAUUUAACAUUCUUCAUAUUCCUUAUAUAUAUAUAUAUAUACUCUUAUUAGAGGAGUAUAUAUAUAUAAAUAAUAAUUAUAAUUCUUCCUUUUGCUUCUUUCUAGCUCCUUUUUUGAUUUUUUCUGAUAUACUCUUCUCCAUGGCUAAUGAAUAUGGAACUGUUAGAUAUGAAGAGGAAUAUAUAUUGAAUUCAAGAGGAAUGAAAUUGUUCACAUGUAAUUGGUUACCAAAAGAUUGUGAACCAAAAGCUUUGAUUUUCCUCUGUCAUGGAUAUGCCUUGGAGUGUAGUAUAUCAAUGAAAGAUGCUGGAAUUAGAUUAGCAAAAGCAGGAUUUGGAGUAUAUGGAGUGGAUUAUGAAGGACAUGGAAAGUCAGAAGGACUUCAAGGAUAUGUACCUAGCAUAAAUGCUGUUGUUGAUGAUUGUUUUCAGCAUUAUUCCAAAAUUUCUGAAAAAAAGGAGAAUAAAAAGAAAAUGAGAAUAUUGAUGGGUGAAUCCAUGGGAGGAGCUGUAGCUCUUCUUUUACACAGAAAACAACCUGAAUUUUGGGAUGGCGCUGUUUUAAUUGCUCCAAUGUGUAAGAUUGCAGAAGAUAUGAGGCCACAUCCAAUGGUGAUAAGUGUUUUGACCAAACUUUGCAAUUUUAUUCCAACAUGGAGAAUAGUUCCAACUCAAGAUGUUGUUGAUUUAGCUUUUAGAGACCCUCAAGUUAGAAAAGAGAUUAGAAACAACCCAUAUUGCUACAAGGGAAAGCCCAGGCUACAAACAGCACACCAACUAAUGACAGUCAGUAUGGAUUUAGAACAAAGACUUGAAGAAGUGACAUUGCCAUUUCUCAUAGUUCAUGGUGAAGAUGACACUGUCACUGAUCCCUCUGUAAGCAAACUCCUAUACGAAAAGGCAUCGAGCGUCGAUAAGAGCUUCAAGUUGUACCCCGGGAUGUGGCAUUCGCUCUCCUACGGUGAAUUUCCACAGAAUAGAGACAUCGUCUUCGCGGACAUUGUCAAGUGGUUAGAGGAGAAAAUAAGGAUGGGUAACUCAAGGCUAGAGAGGCAACAAAAGCAAGCAAAUGAUCAAAAAAUCAGCAGCAGUUAGGAAAUGUGGAUUUGAUUUUCUUGUAAAUUAAAAAAAAAAAAAAAAAAAAAAAAAAACAAAAAAAAAAGGGGACAAUACAAAAUUUUUUUUUUUUUUUUUUUGCCACUAGUUCUACUUUAUAAUGUUCAGUUAAAGAGUUCAUAAGGUGUUAUAUGUUAGAAGCUAUGUUGCUCGGACUCUUCAAAUGUUGAGAAUACAAAUUUCACAAGAUGUUAUUUGUCAA